GUGUGUGUUUGUGGUGUCUUAAGUUUUGCUAACACACCUAAAUGUUAAACAAAAAUAAGUUACCGGUGGGUGCAAUGCGUAGUAGGAUACUUUACAAACUAGUUAUUUUUUGCUAAUUUACAAACAAAAAAGUUUGUUUUUUGACUUUCUAAUAGUAUUUUUUUUUGCGCGAAAACAUUAACGUUAGCAUGCUAGGCUAACUGUUGUGACUUGGCUCUUUCUGAGGCUGUAAGUUAGCAAAAGUUGAAGAUGGAGCUUCGCAGGAAAUCUGGUCGAGCUGUGAUGCAAGUCAGAAGGUCGAUCCGUCUCAGGAAAAAUAACAGCACGUUUUUAGAGGAUACAGAAGAGUUUCAGAACCAAGCUGUGAUGGAAGGUGAUCAUUCUCCCGCCCUGUCAGAAGAUGAUGUCACCACGACGCAGUCUGAGGACUCCCACCCGGACGUGAUGGGAGCUAAGAAUUGGACUGUAAUGUUGAACCGGUUAGACCAAGAGGAAGACUCUGAGAAGAAAGAGGAUGAAGAAAAAGAAGACGCGCGAAAAACUGGGAAACAACAACAUGCGUCUCGAAUUCCUGCUUUUCACAAAACAUUAGCCAAAAAACGCCCUACCACCACCAGCAGCAGCAGCAGUCAACACUCAGAUCCACCUGCCUCAUCUAUUACCAGCAAAGAGUCUUCUAACCAGGCAACUUUAACCGUUGCAGCUUCAACAAGCAGCAGUGGAGAGAUGUCAAGAUCAAAACUGCCCAGUAUUAGAGAAACAGGUCUCCCUCUUCCUACAGUCCGUCUACAUAAACUCAAUCCUCAGACCCUGUCUCAUGCUGUUAGCUCCUCAGAGCAAAGCCCCAGCUCUCUGGAUGUUACUCCACCCGAGGGGGACCAGGAGCAGCUCCAAUCCAUGACAGCAACCCCCAGACCGGCCCUCAGGGCUGAAGCAGGGGACUACGAUGACCCAGGAGAACCACUUCAUACCACUGGAGCUGCACAGAAGGCGACGGAGGAAGAGUUUGAGGCUGAUGUUAGAAUGGAUGGCGGCGACGUCCCUUCUGGGCAUGCCGAAAAGGAAUCCCUAGAGACAGAUGAAGGUGAGGAAGAUGCGACCGAUCUGAAUCAGCCUGAUGAUGAUGAUGAUGUAGAAACAGCCUACGAGGAAACUCCCUGUCAGGCUGAAGCCAUGGAGAUUGAGUUUCUGUUAGAAGAGGAUGGAGAUGGGUUGGACUCCUCCCCAUUGCUGGAGGAGAAGGAGCUUGAGAAGCCCAGUGUUGAGACUGAGAGCUUCAGUGAAUCGGAGGUUGUUUGUGAGAAUCAAGACAAGUCUGCCAACAAAGAGAAGGCUUCUGGGAAAUGGUCAAAAACCCCAGAGGAUACAACCGUCGCUGAUACCGCAGUCCCCUCUAACAGAGCAGUCCCCUCUAACAGAGCAGUCCCCUCUAACAGAGCAGUCCCCUCUAACAGAGCAGUCCCCUCUAACAGAGCAGUGCCUCGGAGAACAGCUAAACCCAGUCAGUCAAACAAGACAUCAUGGUGCUGGAGCUUUGCACUAUUCUGCCUUUUUCCCUCCACUCUGCUUGUGAUUGGAGGAUUCGGUCAACACGUGUGGCACUAUGGGAUGCCUCUGUCGGUGUCACAGUUGAUGGGACAGUUGGAGCUGCACUGGCUGGAGGGACUGUGGGUGCCACACGAGCCUUGUAACUCAGAUUGUCGGACAGAGCCUAGUGCUGCACAGGGUAAACAGGUCUUCAAGCAGCUGAUGGAACUCGAAGCAAAAGGAGUGAAACUUCAGAUUGCUGUUAAUGGUCCUCAGAAUGAUAAUCGAGACACGGCUGAUUUAGCCAGAACGGGUGCAGAGGUACGGGAGGUGGAUCUCCAGUCAGUGACGGGAGGUAUCGUCCACACCAAGCUGUGGGUCGUGGAUCAGAAACACCUCUACCUGGGCAGUGCCAACAUGGACUGGCGGUCCCUCACACAGGUGAAGGAGGUGGGAGUUUCAAUGGAGGACUGCAGCUGCCUGGCACAGGAUGCGUCAAGGAUAUUCGGGGUGUACUGGAACAUUGGUGCUCAAAAAAAUGGCUCCCUACCCCCCUUCUGGCCUGCCCGAUACUCUGCCCUCUCGAGCUCCAAGCACCCCUUAAAUCUCAAACUCAAUGGAGUCCCUGCACGAGUAUAUCUCUCUAGCGCUCCACCCCAGAUAUCAGCUUAUGGACGCUCCGACGAUCUUUCCACCAUCCUGUCUGUCAUCGCAGACGCCCAGAAAUAUGUCCACAUCUCAGUCAUGGACUAUAUUCCGCUGUCCCAGUUCACUGAGCCACUCAGGUUCUGGCCUGCGAUUGACUCGGCCAUACGGGAAGCAGCGUGUACUAGAGGGGUAGAGGUCAACCUACUAGUGAGCUGCUGGUCACACUCUCCAGGCUCCAUGUUCCUCUUUCUACAGUCCCUGACCGUUCUCAACAGACCUCCCCUGGGAUGCAACAUCAAUGUGAAAGUGUUUGAGGUGCCUUCGACAGCAGAGCAGAAAAAGAUCCCUUUCUCAAGAGUGAACCAUGCCAAGUACAUGGUGACCGACCGAGUCGUCUAUAUUGGAACAUCCAACUGGUCAGAGAACUAUUUCACCCACACUGCAGGUAUCGGCCUGGUGGUGAACCAGACCGGUUCUGUGGUGGGACAGGGCCAGAGGAGUUUACAGGUCCAGCUACAGGAAGUGUUCCUCAGGGACUGGACAUCUCAAUACGCCCAGAUCCUUUCCAAUGACGAUGUCAAACACUGUGGUAGAUGAUGCUAACGGCGAUGACUCAGGGCUUCAUCCCAAAUGGCACCCUAUUCCCUAUCUAGUGCACUACUUUUGACCAGAGAAAAUAGUGCACUAUAAUGUAGAGAAUAGGGUGGGGUGCCAUUUUGGGACACAGACCCAUAUUAGUUUUAGAUAAUUGUUUUGGCAUAUACUUUCACCGGGGCUCAGAAUGCUGCCUAUCAUAAGAGCAUGCGCUUACCUUGCAUUGCUUAGUUGUUUGUUUUUUUAAACCACUCCCAUUUGACAAUUCUGUUGUUACAUGCAGCAUUUGACUGUAUAUAUUUGCAAUUUUUGGUGAAAACAUAUUUUCUACUUGAGUGAUUUGCUGUAUCUUUUGUUUUCCCCCUUUCUGAAUGGAAGUGUCAAUAUUGAAUGAAUCUUGAAGUUCUGAUUUUGAUCCAUUUCUUUUGCUUUGACUGACUGAGGCUGUCAGUGACUCAAGGCAUGUGUUGUCUAAAAAGGAAAAGACUGAUGACCUUUGUCAUGCCAGGUGCAUUUUUGUGUUAUGUCAUAUGUUUAUACUGUUUUUCAACCAAAUAUGUUUCAACUUCAUUCUUAUUCUUGAAAUUAAAUAUUUGUUAUUAUUUUUAA